UCAAGGGUAGAGGGAGCAUUUAAAAACCAGGAUUCAAAUUGAUAUGGACAAAAAUUUUGCAUGGGGAAUCGACUUGGAAAAGUUAAGUUAAUUUUGCGAAAACAUGUCAACAACACCUCUAAGAAUCGUCCUUGGAAAGACUGUUUUGGUUAGAAUGGAAAGCCUAGCAGGGACUGGGCACAAGAUCAACAGACUUCGACCAAAACAAUUUACAGGUGGAAAAUUUGAAGUUCUCAGUCAUGACCCAUUUGUACAACAAACAGUUUUAUACAGAGAAAUAAAGAAACUAAAGACAAUACGGAAGCUGCCAGGAAUGCACACCAAAAAAUGAAAAUAGACUGCAUAAAUAAACAGUUCAAUUAUUGAUAGUUGUGUACCCUGACACUGAUUCUCUGUCUGCACAUGAGAAUAAACUCUUUUAAUAGUGUGUUAGUUGAAAGGAAUAAAUUAUUUUUCCACUGCAGUGGUACUAAA